UUAACGAAAGCAUCAUGCCUGAACCAGCAAAGUCCGCUCCCAAGAAGGGCUCAAAGAAGGCCGUCACUAAGACCGCGGGUAAAGCAGGAAAGAAGCGCAGGAGGUCCAGAAAGGAGAGCUACGCUAUCUACGUCUACAAGGUGCUGAAGCAGGUUCAUCCUGACACCGGGAUCUCCUCCAAGGCGAUGGGCAUCAUGAACGCUUUCGUCAACGACAUCUUCGAGCGCAUCGCCGGUGAGGCGUCUCGUCUCGCUCACUACAACAAGCGCUCCACCAUCACUUCCCGAGAGAUCCAGACCGCCGUGCGUCUGCUGCUGCCCGGGGAGCUGGCCAAGCACGCCGUGUCUGAGGGCACCAAGGCCGUCACCAAGUACACCAGCUCCAAGUAGAGCUUCAGCUGAUCCACGAACCCAAAGGCUCUUCUAAGA